UGAUAGACUGGCGAGCACACAUGCGAGAAGCACAGGUCCUUAAAAUUUCAUGCUGGUGUUGGAGACUACGCACGAUGUCACCGGUCGAGUUAAAUAUAGUCGCAACCUUGGGAAGGAAUGCCCCACAUCCUGGUCCAAGCUUCCGGACUCCAGCGCCGAAAACCACCUGGGCAACGCCUCCUUUUCUUUAGGCAGCAUCACCUCCACCAUUGACACAAUUGCUGCGUCCAAUGCGUCGCUCAAUAUUGUAUCGUGCGCUCAGGAUCAUUUUAUUUGUGUGGAUUCUUACAGUCACCUUCUGGUCGUUGCUGCCUUCGCCAACGAUCCCCUACACGCAAGAGGCCCUGAAUAACGAAAAGACGCUAAAGACAUCGCAUACUCUGAUAGUUGUCGAUGACUAUCCAACCAUUUACCAAGGUUCCUCCGAAAGCAAUGGGUUCGGCCAUCUUAUCUUCGAGUGGCGGAUAUCGAGGCAGCUGAACCCAGAGAGCGAGGUGGAGCUCACGCUCAGAGUAGCCGAGAACGACCCGAUCAACCUCGCAGACCUGAUGAGAAAGUCGGCAGCGUUCCAUCUCUCAAGGACUAAACAUGAUGCUGUCCGGACGCCUUUCUUUGAUCUCACGCAUUUGGACUAUAAAGUUGCUUGUGUGGAUGAUAUUAAAAAUUCCGACGUGUGUCUCCCGUGGUUUGAUCGUAGCGACAAGGCUCUCCUCACGCACAGUAAUCACGAUGGCACCUGCACAAUCUCUCUGCGUAUCGUCGUAGAUGAGCACGGAGUAGUAGAACUCUGGCCAGCUUCAUUCAUCGAGAACGCACUUGCACAGCUAGAGAAAGUACGAUUGAAACCAGAAGCCGUGGACUAUGAAGAAGGCCAACUGCUAGAAGAAACAAUCCAGUUUUUGCGGGAGUCUGGUCACCCGAUCAUGCAGCUAGAAGGCGGAGAUAUGACCACGCUGGAAGAACUCCACGUACCAUACGUGAGAGGCAAUCUUCCCUCAAAGACGUAUCCCAUUCGGAAGGCAAUGCUGGUGCGCCUUGGUCCAGUCUUACGUGUCGCUCUGAUUCCUGUUUUUGGAAUCAUAUACUUGCUGUCUACCUUUUCUACAGUCAUUCUAUUCAUCCUGUACAACGGCACACUCUCUUGUGCGGGAAUAAUGCUGUCGGCCUGGUUGCGGGCUGGACGACCAGAAUUUUGGCCAUGGACUCAAAGAUUUCGGCUGACGAGGUGGAUGUACUUCAGAUCGCAGAAUCAAAAGACGAUGUGGGGACCAGCGGGACCCGUUGAGUCGAGAUCAGCGGUACGCAAAGAGUGGACUCGGAAUGGAUUUGUUGGGCUUGAAAGACCCAAGACCGCGAGGCUUGAGAGAGGAUUUAAUGCGGUAUGAUGAUGAUGGAAAGAUCAGUACACUAGCUGCCAAGUACUAUGCCCAGUAUGUGUACAUGGAGCACCUUGCAGCUGAGUCGUUAUUGUGGUUGGUCUGACAAGAAUCGUCAAUGCCUUAGGGUUAGCUCUACACCUGGGCAGCCGCGCUGCCUGGAAGCGAGCUAAGCGCGCCCAUUCCUCUGCAUCCGG